AUGGCUGUAGCUCCAAAUAAUGAUCAGGCGUUCUCUUGGAACCAUUAUAUGGAACAAGAUGGUAGUCUUCCUGCUCAUGACCAGUCAUUGUUCCCGCAACUUCGGUGUUCGGAGCGUCGUCUUUCGGAGCUGAUUUUAAGACCAGGACGCAAAAUUGUCGUUAGGAUUGGAGACAGACUAGAACAUGCCAAAAUUGAAGUUGUAUUUGAAUCAAAGCUAUUUGUGACGUUAAAUACGGGUCUUCAGUGCAUUGAGCUCGAUGCUGUAAUGCCAGAUAAUAUCUUAAGAAUCAAUGGGAAUCGAAGAAACAUUGAAAAUGAUGUUAAUGUAAUGACGGAAAGUAGUCUCACUGAGGAAUUGACAGCUUUCGAUCUGGAACUAGCGCAUUUGACGAUGGCUGAAUCUGUCAAGGUCGGUCAGUACUUUGAACUGCAGGAUAGAAUUUACCCUUGUAAGGUAUAUAUUGCUCAAGUUUUUGAAAAUCGUGGUGGUCUUCUGCUUAUAGGUCGGAAUGGUGCUAAACCAGACUUAGAUAGGCCAGUUAGAGUUUUUGUAACUGAUGAAAGGUGUCAUGCGAUUGGUUGGUUAGAAAGUGGGGCACAAACAAAGCUGUUUUUUGCUGAUGGUGCUGAGUCAGUUUUGGAGGUGGCAAGGAGGAAUCCUGUAACGCACUGGGUUUUCGAGCAUUUUCGAGUUAGAGAACAUAAAUUUCAGGAAAACAUGUCAUUGGAAGUUUUACAAGCCUCAAAUGGCGGGGCAUUCUUUGCUGGACACGUUACAGAAAUCAUUAAUUCUCAUUAUUUCACUGUUAAAAUUGCUGAAUCACUCAGUGGUAUGGAGAAAACUAUCACUUGCUCGAAGUCUCAUCCGCAAAUAUUUCCUUCUGGAUGGUGCCAAAGGCAUGGGCUUCGGCUGACACCGCCAUCAGUUUACUAUGCAGAUUCUCAUUUAGACUAUACCGGUGAAGAAGAAUUUUCAAUGCUUGUUUAUGAGGCGAAACUGCAUUUGAGGGGAAAAGCACCUGAAUCCUUAUUCGAUCCUCCUAAAACAUUAUACAAGCCAGAAAGGUUACGGAACAUUGAGGUUCUGGACAUUAGGACUAAGAACGAAAUGUACCCGGCAAAAAUCUUAAGGUGGAUGAAACAUAUCGUGUGGAUAAGUUAUUCUCAUUAUAGCAAUGCCACACCUCCUGGCGUUCUUUCUACCAGAUGCGGGUUGAUAUUUCCUUGUGGAUUUGCUGAACAGCAUGGUAUUCGCCUAUGUAGGCCGUGUUCUUACAAUAGAUUGACUUCCAUCCCGCCAAAUACUGACCGUUUUGGUUUGAAGAAAACGUGCACCUCUCACAGAACCCCGAUAUUUAUAAAGAGAGAAAAGCGCUUCAUACCAGCAGUAUAUUUGGAUAAUGAUCUGAUGCUACCAGUUAUAUACCUGAGAAGAAGUUGUUUUUGUGGGCCUUUUCUUGAUCCUUUAAGAAUAAAAACUCUUCCUGACAAGUAUUUGCCGGGCCCAUUACCUUCGGUUAUUCGACUGAUUCUUUCUGACAUAAUUAAUGCAGCGUAUAGACCAGAGGAUUUGAGCAAAUUGCUUUCAUGCUCGAAGGAUACCUCCGCACCUAUAAUUUUUGCAAAAUCUAGGGUUCAUGGGAAACCUUAUCGUUUCCGUGUGGAGUGUUGUGAGAAAGUGUCAGAAUUUUGCGGCUGGGUAAGAAAUAUUUGUAUAUUACUGGAUGCCUGUCCAGAAUUUUUCAAUAUCAAUCGCGGACCUUGUCAGUCCUUUUGUAAUAACCUGCGUGAGAAUUUAUUUAUGAGGUCAGAAAAGCACGCUUGGACAGCCAGUUACCAAAAUAUAUCCACGCCUGUUCGAAAAACUCGACUCGAUGGCAACAACCCACCUGUACGUGCAACGAAGAAAAAAAAAAAGAUUGAAAAGCCGCCUCAAGGGCGAGAGAUCCGAAGACCGGUCACUAGAGCUGUUCUAAGGAAAACAAUAUGCAGUCCCAAAGGCGAUGAAUCAAGAAGCAUGUCACAGUCACCGAUGAAAAAGGGAAAGGCUUUUUCUACGGAGUCAGUAAAAUUGCCUCCACAUACAUUAGAAAGUUCUCCUUCGACUUCAAAGAUUGUAGAUAUCCCGGCGCAAUUGUUAAGUGUCGAUGAGGCUCCAAAAACUCUUGCUAAAUCUUCAACAUCGCCAAAGCUAGCACUGAAGCGACAGUCUUCAUCUACUUUUCUAAAAGGACAGGAACAUCCGAAGAGGCUCAAAAAAAGUCCGCAGCCAAGUCUCGGCAUUACAGGUUCAUCAGAUGAAAAAUUGAUGCGUCGUAGACGGAAACAGCUCACAUCAGAGGUAGUAGCGCAAUCUCCCAUAUUUCCCACACCUAUUACUAUUCCUGGUCCUCGUCUUCUUGAACCGUCACCUGUACCAUUCGCGGCGCAAGAUUUCUCGAUUGUUACAAGGCGUAUCGAGGGGUCUGAAACAAUCCGCAUGCCGCCUAUUUUGUCGAAUCCGCUAAAGUGGAAUUGCGCACAAUUGUCUGAUUGGUUGAAGCAAACUGACCUUAGGUGUUAUGCAGAACUGUUGGAAAAAGACGAAGUCGACGGUGAAGCAUUUAUGUUGCUUUCGCUUGACCAAUGCAUCAAUACUCUGAAAAUUAAGUUAGGCCCAGCUAUGAAGCUGGAAUCGCUGGGGAAGGAGUCUAGAAGCCGCUUCCUACUUCAUUCUGUAGUCAAACCGCUUGAAGGCCCGACUGCUGCUGCGCAGUUAAGACGCACUUGCAUCCUUGUGCAACCCAUAUUCAGUAAAGCGCCGUGCGUGUUAGUCCCAGUGUAG